AUUUCAGUACCAAAAGUGGUAACCCCGAGCUACACACUCGGGAAUACCAUGCGGGCGCUGCUCCGGUUUUGUGUUCUUCACUUACCUUACCCUGCGCUCCCGCGAUGUGUCCCCUGCAGCGUCCCCGGCCAUCUCCUGCCGGCUGAUGCCGGCAUCCGGCUUCUGUGUCCUGUCCCUGUGACAUCGGGACGUAAGGGCGCCCGCCGCCGGCGGCGGCGAGAAAUUUAAAAAGAAAAAAAUUCAUUUUUUUUUUUUUUUCAUUUUACUAACAUGCUUUGUCCUGCGCCCUGCCUGCAUUUUGUCUGUUCUUUCUG